AUGGCGAAAAAGGCGCCCCCGAACCCCUCAAAAACCGGGAAAAAACGCGCGCGUUCGCCCACGGCGGCGGCCCCUGCCGAACCCCCCAAACGGCCGAAAUCGGGCGAAAAGCCGCGGCCCGGCAACGCGGCCGCGCGCGCGAGGGCCCCUGUCGUGGGCUGCGUGUCCGGGAUGACCGCGAAGCAGCGCGGGAUGGCCCAGCAGGCCCUGAAGGCCCACAACGGCCGCCUCGUCGAGGGCAUCGCGAGGGCGAAUUUGCUCAUCGUCCCAGCCCCGCCCACCCGGACGCCGAAGUUUAUCAUCGCCGUCGGCCGGGGGAUCCCGAUUGUGGAUAUCCCGCACCUCGAAGCGGCCCUGACGGAUGGCGAUCUCUCGAAGUUCAUCGUCUCGCUAAAGUACUUGGACGUGACUUACACCGCGCCGGCCUUGCGAAGCGCGAUCUUUCGAACGCGCGAGAUCCCUCUUCUGAAAGGUCUCGAAUUUCAGCUCAGUGGAUUGCCUAUUAAGCAGCGGAGUACGGUUCAGGAAAUUAUUACCGGGUGCGGCGGAAAGGUCACCUCGCAAAAGGGGACAUCGGUAGCUCAAAUUACCAAUGAUACGCUGGAUACGUUAUAUGAUUGCAUAUUAAGAGGUCAACGACCUGUGUUAUUAUUAAAAAAUACGUAA